CUGGCUUUCGCAAGGUGCAGUCGGCCCCAAUCAAAGCAGCCAAGGCCUUUUCAACACUCGAUUCUUGCAACGAGAAGAUGAGCACGUGAGCUCCGACAACGCCCCAGGAAACGUUAAAGAAAACAGAUACAACAAAAAGUGCAAGAAAUAAAAUAGCAGUAGCUGACGAAGAAGAGCAGCAACUAACAUUAUGUCCGGCUGCCACAUUCUAUACACAGUGUGUCUCAGCCUGCUUUUGGCCAGUUCAACGCUGGUCAAAGCGCAGGAUGAAUCCCUAGCAGGGAGCUUUUUGUCAGGUCUCCUAGACACCAUUACCAGCACUGCAGAUGCCAAGGAUUGUCCUGGUGUCUGUGUGCACACGCUGGCCACACUUAUCUGCUACGAGGUGCUUGAUGAUGUGCCUUGUCCCUCGCCUAGUAUGAAGUGCUGCAUAGAGAGCGCACCAGGUAAAAAUGCCACCGCUUUGCGCACACCGCCCGCAACUACACCGAAGAUCACCAGCACCACGACAACGAGCACCACACAACGCAGCACCACCACAGUGGCUAGCACAAGCACCACACGACGCACCACAACCACGGCCAGCACCACGCCUAAGCCGAAGCCAAAGACACAGCCCAAGCGUCCGCCAGCUACUACUGGAGCACCCAGCACAACGACGAAGAAACCGGCUGCUACGACUAAAAAGUCGACGACAGCUAAGCCCAAGGAUAAGGAUGAUCUAGGCAAAAUUGCCAAUGAGAGCAAAAACUGCACUGGUGUCUGUGUGGCGGAUCGCAUUGCGGAAUACUGUGAGGCUUAUUUGACCACUGGAGAUCUCUGCAAGGAGGGCACCAAAUGCUGCGUCUCCCUGGAUGAGUAUGCCAACGGAAAGUUGCCCAAGGACAUCUAUAUACCAGCCAAGCACAUGAGCAAUUUGAAGAGCAAUCAGACACUGGUCAAAUCCACACCCACUAAGACGAGCAGCAGUACCACGACAACCAGCAGCACCACCACAACUAGCACCACACCGGAGCCAGCUCGCACCAAAACCAACACCAAUAGCAACAGCAAUGCCCAGAAGCCGACGAAGCAUAAGAAGACUACCACAACGACUACAACGGAGGCAGCUGCUGAGGAGGAGGAAGAAGAAGAUGAGGAAGAUGAAGAACAAGAAGAAAGCAGUAGCAACAACAAGUUGAAGUCCGGCCAGUCGCAGAAUCAGGGUCAGGGACCAGAGUUAAAGGAAUGUGAGGGCGAGUGUAUGAAUGGCAUCUUUGCCAUUUUCUGCGAUGACAUCGACUCGGAAGCCUUUUGUCCCGGCGAAGGCAGCUGUUGUGUCACCGGCAGUGCCUCUGAAUCAUCGCCACCAGCUAAGACACCGGCAUCCAGCAAACCAGCCACGAAGAUUGCUUCCAAGCCAGCCACGAAACCAGUGCGUCCCGUCACCUCGGCACCACCGCCGCCACCGGCUGCCUCGCAGGGCGGCGGAGGUGGAGACUUCCUGUCGCAGAUCAUUUCGUUUGCGGAGAACACAUUGAACUCACCGGCGCCGCCACCAACACCGCAGGCACCACCCCAAGUGCCACGUUGUCCCGGCUUCUGUCUGCUCAACAUUAUGGCCGCUUUCUGUGAACGUCCCUCGAUUUUGGUGUCAACCCCCACCACUUGCUCUAAGGGUUCGGUCUGCUGUGACAAUUCCCGCGCGGGUGCGCCCAAACCAAAGUUGCCACCACCGACGCCGCCACCAACACCACCACCCACAGCACCGCCUUAUGUGCUGCCCAAUACGCCCAGUCCCGAUCCACGCGAGGAAUGUCCCGGUUCUUGCAUCGUUAGCCUUCUCAGUUUUACUUGUUUCAAAAACGCCGAGAUGACAGAUCUGUUUAGAUGCAAACGUUCAGGUCAGAUUUGCUGUGCACCCAAGAGCAAGAUACUGGAGAAACAACAGUUCCAGACACGCAACGAUACGUCCUACUUCAACUAUCCACCCAUGGGACCGCCUCCGCCACCCUAUGCCACACAACCGCAACAGCAGCCACCACCACCGCCCUAUCCACCCACCUCAUAUAUGUCGAAUCAGUUGCCAGCUGUGCCGCCACCACCACCCCAGCACCAUCAACCACAUCCUUAUCAGCCAGCACCGCCCAGCUAUGCGGACUACUACGGACCCGGACCGGGACCACAGCCAGGACCCGCCCUGCCACCAGCUACACCUCCUACAACAACGACAAGCACAACGACGACAACACCACGUCCCCAUGUCUACUCCAAGUAUGUGUGCGGUGUUAAGGGCACGCUGCGCACUGGACGUUCAAGUAGCUCGCCAGCUCUCAAUCUGGUUUCAUAUGCCAGGGCCAAGUAUGGUGUGCAGCGCACGGCUCGUCAAUUGACCAUGUCGUAUCCUAGCAGCAGCACCAUUAGCAAGUCUACAGAGCGUCUGGUGCUUGGUUCAGCUAUUGUGCCUAUUCAAAUACACAAUGACAAGCUGGGCGAUCUCGUGGAGAGCGGCGGUGUGCAGAGCAAUCAGUUGAGAUCGUAUCACGAGCAAGGCGAGCAGACAGCGAUUGUCUAUCCAGAGUACUAUCAACAACAAUUGCAGCAGAAUUACAGCAGCAGGCGGAGAGCACGUGUGGUCGGAGGGGAGGAUGGGGAGAAUGGAGAGUGGUGCUGGCAAGUAGCGUUGAUCAAUUCCCUGAACCAGUAUCUCUGCGGUGCGGCCCUUAUUGGUACCCAAUUGUUGACUGCAGCGCAUUGCGUGACCAACAUUGUGCGCUCUGGCGAUGCCAUCUAUGUGCGCGUUGGUGACUACGAUCUGACCCGAAAGUACGGUAGUCCAGGAGCACAGACACUGCGCGUGGCCACCACUUACAUUCAUCACAACCACAACAGCCAGACCUUGGACAACGAUAUUGCGCUGCUUAAGCUGCACGGUCAGGCGGAGUUGCGUGAUGGCGUCUGCUUGGUGUGUCUGCCAGCUCGUGGUGUUAGUCAUACGGCUGGCAAACGUUGUACGGUCACCGGUUACGGCUACAUGGGUGAAGCUGGUCCCAUACCGUUGCGUGUACGUGAGGCGGAGAUUCCCAUUGUCAGUGAUACGGAGUGCAUACGUAAAGUGAACGCCGUCACCGAGAAGAUCUUUAUACUGCCCGCUUCCAGUUUCUGUGCUGGCGGUGAAGAGGGACACGAUGCCUGCCAGGGUGAUGGCGGCGGUCCCUUGGUCUGCCAGGACGAUGGGUUCUUUGAAUUGGCCGGCCUCGUUUCGUGGGGCUUUGGGUGUGGACGUGUUGACGUGCCCGGUGUUUAUGUGAAGGUCUCCUCCUUCAUUGGCUGGAUCAAUCAGAUAAUUAGCGUCAAUAACUUAUAGUGGACAAGAAGCCAACAAUAAGCUGGAACCCCGCACUUGUAGGGAUUUCCCCUGUCCGCAGCCGUUGAAGAGGGGGAGUCUCCUACGACUGAUUGAAGUUUGGGUUCCAAAUGCUACUACGACUGUUAACGUAAAGCCCAUCCUAGUGUAAUCUAUUCAUAUUUACUCGUAACAUCACAUCUACUAACCCAAAAACCCCUCAAACCAAACACCAUUCGAACUCCCCUCUAACUAUAAUGCAAGUAUGCUAGUAUUGUGCCCCUUCCUUAAACUGCUACUCGUACUUAUUAUUAUUAUGCUUAUUUCUAAUAAUAUAAAUCUAUUGUAAACUGUUUUUGUAUAUACAAAAAAAGAAAAUACAAGCAAAGCGUUCAUUAAAUUUCUUAUAAACGCAAAUAUC